CCCUCAGAUUGAUCAGCUUCCCUCUCCUUUACCCGCCUAAACCCCUACCGUCCACCACGCACUUCCAUUGCUUUCCUUGAGAGAGAGACAGAAUAUAUAUAUAUUCAUUCGUAUAUAUAGAGGGAGCAGAGGAGAUUCUAGAUCAUCUCAUCUCUAAUGGACGGGAACACUGCUGACUCUUCCAACGACGGCGAAUCGAUGCUGACUAUGUCGGCUUCGUUCGAGUCUUCCCGGAAGAAGCGGCUGGCUCCGACGACGCCGACGACAUCACCAAACCAAUCCAGUCAGGGUUGGGCUCACACGUCUCGAGAACCAUCUCCAAGAUCUAGGUAGUGGUAACAAUGAUGAUUGUUAAUGGGUAGCAGAACAAGGCUGAAGGCUGGUGCAGAAGAUCAAUCUAGUGUUUCAGCUUUGAUGCAGAGCUUCUUUCUUCAGAUGCAGGUUUGACAUUCCAAACUCUGUUUCCCAGCAACCAAAUUCAAGUAGUUCAAUAGGAGGCUCCUAUUCCCAUUUGGCAUAUCAGUAAGAUAUCCAGUCCCUUGUUUCCUUCAAUAUGGAUUUAGCUGCUACUAAUGCGGGGCGUCAGGCAUCACAACAGCAAACAAUGCAACAGCCAAACAUAGGUUCUGGUUCUACCAGUCAUCGCAAUAACGCUGGGCGCUCAAAUACAGCAGAUGCAUUAAGGAGGCUUGCGCAGAAUCGUGAAGCUGCUAGAAGAAGUCGAUUGAGGAAAAAGGCCUAUGUAAAACAUCUGGAGAAUAGUCAACAGAGGUUGAUCGAGCUUGAGCAGCAACAAGCCCACCGACAGGGGAUAUUUAUUUCAAGCCGUGGAGAUCUGUCCCAUGUAGUGAGUGGAAAUGGUACCUUGCCCUUUGAUUUUGAAUAUGCCCUGUGGUUGGACGAGCACAAUAGGCAGAUAAAUGUGCUUAGAACAGCAAUUAAUUCACAGGCUGGUGACACUGAAGUUCAGACUAUGGUGGACAAGGUCAUUGCCCAUUUUGAAGAUGUUUUCAAGCUGAAGGGCAAUGCUGCAAAAGCCGAUGUCUUUCACAUCUUGUCAGGAAUGUGGCAAACCCCUGCAGAGCGGUGUUUUAUGUGGAUUGGUGGCUUCCGCUCAUCUGAAAUUCUGAAGCUCGUGAAGAAUCAAGUAGAGCCUUUGACUGAACAACAGGUAAUGGGAAUCUACAACUUGCAGCAAUAUGCGCGACGGGCUGAAGAUGCUCUCUCUCAGGAGAUGGAAGCAUUCCUGCAAACUGUGGCAGAGACACUGAUGAAUGGUUAUGCUGGUUUAUCGGGGUCAUCAGAAAAUAUGGCUAAUUACAUGGGUCAAAUGGCGAUGGCCAUGGGAAAGUUAGGAACACUUCAUGGUUAUGUCCGCCAGGCUGAUGGUGUGCGCCAGCAGGCACUGCAACGCUUGCACCGGCUACUGACGGCCAGACAAUCAGCUCGUGCGCUUUUCGCUAUGAAUGACUAUUUCAACCGUCUUCGAGCCCUUAGUUCUCUUUGGCUUGCCCGGCCUCGAGGGUGAUCAACCGAUGCAUCCCUGUUUAUGCUACCAUCCUGGUUAGCACUCAAAAUGAACUCCAACUUUCAGUUGAAUCCUGGACCAAACUCUAUAAUCCCGCCAAGAGGGUGCCAUCGAGCACCCAUUGGUAUCUGGGGAUACUGUUUUUAAGACAUUUUGGUUGCUUGAUAUCAGUUACUGUCAAUCUGGUGUGUGGAUUGUGCAGGGAUCUACCUGCCUUUUGUCCCUGUUGUUAACAGGUGGUAUGGUUUGUUGUUUGCGAGAGUGACAAUGACGAUGUGUGUGUACUGUGUGAGGAUCUGGCUUUUGUGAACUGAUGGGUGUGGUUUGCUGUUUGUGAGAGACAACAAUAAUAUAUAUAUGUGUGUAUUGUGUGAA